GAGAGCCGGGGAGGAACCGCUUCACUACUGUGUCAACCCGUCUGAAUCCCGUCUCCCACUGACCAGCACUGGAUACUAAAAAGUGAAUGAUUUUAUCCACCGCUCGACUUUGCUUCUUCUUGACGCCAAGGAAAUCCUGAAUACUGUCCCUUCGUCGACAGCAAAGUGUAAACGCCCCUACUGAGGCAUCAGGACCCCUUGCAUCCCGUUGCCAUGUGUGCCAUGGCACCGCCAUAUGGAAGAUAACUUAAUCUCCUGCCUUUUGCCUUUGGCCCGUCCCAUGUCUGAAGACAGCGAUCCAAAGCGCUACCUGUACUCCACCCUGGACGGGUGCAAAAGGGACCGGGAGAGGGCCGGCUUCCAGGCAGACGAAGAGGAGGGCUCGCCUUGUGGCUCCAUAAGUCAGCUGCACCACAUGGCCAGCGGUUACAACGAGGGAUGUCGUGGGCAGGACGGGGCAGAGCUGGAGCCCGAGCUGGGGUUGGCCUCUGAGGGGAGUGACAGUAGCCAUGAGCACCCCGCUUCGAUGGGCUCCCCACAUGAUGACAGGAAGCGGCCACGCCCACCGCUACAUGAGGAUGUGGAGAUGGGCUGCAGCGGCUCCAGCGGAAGUGGGACAGAAUCCCACGGCAAUGAGUCCCAUGGCAAUGAGUCUCAUGGCAACGAAUCUGUAGGCAGCUCCAAUGGCAAUGGCAAGGACUCUGCUCUCUUAGAAUCGUCAGGGAGCAAUAAGAGCUCAAACUCUCACAGCCCCUCGCCGCCAAGCAGUUCCAACGCCUUCAGUCUGGUGAGCUCUGAGCAGGACAACCCUUCAACCAGCGGCUGCAGUAGCGAACAGUCGGCCAAAGCUAAGACGCAGAAGGAGCUUUUCAAGACUCUCAAGGAGCUAAAGAUGCACUUGCCGUCGGAAAAGAGAAGCAAGGGCAAGGCCAGCACGCUCAACACCCUCAAAUAUGCCCUGCGAUGUGUGAAACAGGUGAAAGCCAAUGAGGAGUACUACCAGAUGCUGAUGAUAAAUGACAGUCAGCCACCGGGUCUUGAUGUGUCAUCAUACACCAUAGAGGAGAUUAACAGUAUCACGUCAGAGUACACCCUCAAAAACACCGAUAUAUUCGCUGUGGCCGUCUCGCUUAUCACAGGGAAGAUUGUUUACAUCUCGGACCAGGCAGCGUCCAUCUUGAACUGCAAGCGGGAAGUGUUUAACAACGCUAAGUUUGUGGAGUUCUUGACGCCUCAAGAUGUCAGUGUUUUCUACAGCUUCACCACGCCCUACCGCCUGCCCUCAUGGAGCAUGUGCACUGGAGCAGAGUCCUCUCCCACGGAGUGCAUGCAGGAGAAAUCCUUCUUCUGCCGCAUCAGUGGGGGCAAGGAGCGUGAGGGGGAUCUCCAGUACUAUCCUUUCCGUAUGACUCCCUACCUGAUGAAGGUGCAGGAUGCUGAGCUGGCUGAGGAGCAGUUCUGCUGCCUCCUGCUGGCUGAGAGGGUGCACUCCGGGUAUGAAGCACCCAGGAUCCCUCCUGACAAACGGAUCUUCACCACCACACACACACCUAACUGUGUGUUCCAGGAUGUGGACGAGAGGGCUGUUCCUCUGUUGGGCUACCUCCCCCAGGACCUCAUCGGUACACCCGUGCUGCUUAACCUGCACCCAAGUGACCGUCCCUUAAUGCUGGCCGUCCAUCGCAAGAUUCUGCAGUAUGUCGGCCAACCGUUUGACCACUCGUCAAUCCGUUUCUGUGCGAGGAAUGGCGAGUACAUCACCAUAGACACCAGCUGGUCCAGCUUUGUCAACCCGUGGAGCCGCAAGGUCUCCUUCGUCAUCGGCAGACACAAAGUCCGCAUGGGUCCUGUGAAUGAAGAUGUUUUUGCAGCCCCAGCUUUCCAUGGGGGGAAGAUCAUGGAUUCAGACAUCCAGGAAAUCAGUGAGCAGAUCCACCGGUUGCUACUACAGCCGGUCCACAACAUGGGCUCCAGUGGUUAUGGUAGCCAUGGCAGUAACGGCUCACACGAGCAGCUGGUGAGUGUCGGCUCCUCCAGCGAGAGCAACGGAAACGUCGCCGCCGGGAAUGGAGCAGAGGAGACGAGCAAGGCCAAGCCCACCAGGACCUUCCAGGAGAUUUGUAAAGGAGUCCACAUGCUAAAGAACCAGGACUCCCAGACCUACCUGCGCUCCCCCUCGCCUUCACCUUCACCUUCACCCUCACCCUCACCCUCUCCGUCCAAACCGGAGCAAAAGAAGAGUGCUGAUACAGCAGUAUCACUCAGGAGUCCAGUGGUGCGUCUGAAGGACUCAACGUCCGCCCUGCAGGCCAAGGACAGUACUACAGGCAGCAUGGAGGACCUAACCUGUAAAGACCAGACUGUGCACUCUUACCAGCAGAUCAGCUGCCUCGACAGUGUCAUCAGGUACCUGGAGAGUUGUAAUAUUCCCAUCACGGUGAAGAGGAAGUACCAGUUCUCCUCCAACACCACGUCCUCCAACUCAGACGAGGGCAAGAAGGACUUAGAGAACAGCAUGCAAGGCACUCAAGACGCCAGCACAGACCCUUUGAUGCUGGACAACCAGCCAGGCCUGUCAAACAUUAAAGCCCCUAAGAAGCCUCCAUCUGGAGCUGCUCCUGUAGUGGGAGGCCCCCUGGCUCCACUCACCCUGCCCAGCAAGGCUGAGAGCGUUGUAUCCAUCACCUCACAGUGCAGUUACAGCAGCACCAUAGUCCAUGUAGGAGACAAGAAGCCUCAGCCAGAGUCUGAGAUUAUUGAGGACGUAGCAGAGAGCCCGGCACCUCCGACAUUGCCUGUCAGUGUGGUGUCUCCACCCAGCCAGGAGAAGGAGGCCUAUAAGAGGCUUGGCCUCACCAAGCAGGUGCUGGCUGCCCACACCCAGAAGGAGGAGCAAGCCUUCCUCAACCGAUGCAGAGAGCUCCGUAAUGCCAGGACAUUUCAGAGGGAUUGUUCAACGUAUCUGCACAAGCAGAGAGGUCCAACCAGUGCUCAAGAAUCAUCUGGACUGCGAGGUGCUUCCAAACCAGGUGUCCCCAGGCCCGAGCCUACCACCAGGAAGGGCGGCCGCAACAGGAAGUCCAAGAAGCCCCGCAUGAAGCGCCCCGAUUCGUCAGACAGUGCCGUUUCUAAUCGGAAACCCCGCCCUCCGCUUCAGGGUCUCAACCAGACUUCCUGGUCCCCGUCUGAAGCCUCCCAGUCAGCUUUCAAUGUCUCUUACCCGGCAAUGGUACAAGCCUACCCACUUUCUGUCUACCCCACUGCCCCUGCUGCUCCAGCCCAGGCCCCCCGCCCUGACCCCUCACUCUCCACAGGUUUUGGGGAGGGCCAGAGCAGCCAGGCAGCCCCACCUACUGGCACUCCGUUCCCCGCCCCAAUCGUUACACCUGUGGUGGCUUUGGUGCUGCCUAAUUACCUCUUCCCCCAAAUAGGCCAGUUAAGCCAAAUGCCCCAGAUGGGUGCCACUCCUAGACCCACUUUCUUCCCCGAGCAGACCCAAACGCAACCCACCUAUACUGCCCAGCAGCCCUUCCAACCCGCCCAGCCUGCCUACUCCAUCCAGACACAGCCACCCUACACUGGCCAGCAGCCCUUCUCUGCACAGCCUGCCUUUAACCCCCAGCAGUCAUUCCAAGCCCCUCAAACGGCCUACUCUACGCAGCAGUCCUUUCAGACACAGUCUGCCUAUACUACCCAGCAGCCCUUUCAAACGCAGCCUGCAUACACCACCCAGCAGCAUUUCCAAGCCCCCCAAACCGCCUACACAACCCAGCAGCCCUUCACGGCCCAGCCCUCUUUCCCAGUCCAGACACAGUUUGUGGCCCAAGCUUCUUACCCAGCCCAGCCUUUCACCUACGGCCUGGCCACUGAGCCUCCCAAACCUCCAGCCAUGGAACCGCGAGAGGGGGCCGCAUCUCGCUCGUCCACCCCAGCCUCAGGGGGCAGGGAGCCCGCCACAUCGCCCCCACUGUUUGAGUCACGGUGCAGCUCGCCCCUGCAGCUGAACCUGUUGAGCAUGGAGGAGGGGCAGCGCUCAGUGGAGCGUCAAGACAGCACAGCCCCCUCAGCUGGAGCCCAGGGCAGCAACACAGCUGGAGCAGCAGGGGAGAAGAAUGGAGCCACAGUGAAGCCAGAAACCCACCAACAGGUGGAGUCCCCAGAGGACAGAGCCCACAGUGAUGGUAACUCCUCCUCCAGCGACCUGCUGGACAUCCUGAUGCAAGAGCAGGAGGACUCUCACUCUGGAACUGGCUCAGCCACCUCUGGGUCCAUGGGCUCAGGAUCAGGAUCCAACGGCUGUGGCACAUCAGCUAGCGGAGCCUCUGGCAGCAGAAUGGGGAGCAGCAACACCAGCAAGUAUUUUGGCAGCGUUGACUCCCUGGAGCAUGAGACCAAGGCCAAGGCCAAAACCAAGAUGAGGGCUGAGGGCGGCUCUGAGGGCGGCCAGUCACAGAGCCAGGGCUCAGGUCAUGGGGAGGGAGACCAUCUCAUCAAGUACAUCUUGCAGGAGCCCCUCUGGCUUCUGAUGGCCAACACCGACGACAAGGUCAUGAUGACCUACCAGAUGCCAUCCAGGGACAUGCAGAAGGUUCUUCGGGAGGACAAGGAGAGGCUGCGGCAGAUGCAGAAGAGCCAGCCUCACUUCUCGUCAGACCAGCGCCGAGAGCUGGUGGAGGAGCACCCCUGGAUGAGGAGAGGGGGCCUCCCUUCUGCUAUCAAUGUGAAGGAGUGUGUGUACUGUGAGGAUGCGGCAGCAGCGGCUCCCAUUGACGAUGACCUGCCAGACAUGGAACUGGGCGACCUGGGAGAGGAGGCGAGCCGAGAGGAGCAGAGCUGCCAGAACCUGGCUAAGGAGUCGCAGCCUCAGCCCGACUCCGGUUCAUGAACACACGCUCACACACCGUCCAGAAGACUAACCUUGGACCUCCAUGAUGCACAACAGACACUUACAUACUACACACACACUCAUACACACACACAUACACACACACACACAUGGUGUGGAUAUGAGAGACACAGCUGUGUGCCUGAAAAGAACUUGAUUACACACGCACACAAACUAAAAGACAUUAAGUCAAGUAGAACUCUCUGUUGCCAUGGUGAUGGUCGUGAGGCUGUGUGUUGCUGUAUGUGCCCGGUGGUUUGGGGUGUGUGUGUGUGUGUGUGUGUGUUCAUUCGUGUGCGUGUGCAUGAUGGGGCAGGACUGAUGGCAGGACUGCUGAGCUGUAGUUCUGAACCCAUCCUGCCAGGGGGCAGUAGUGCUAUACAGGCAAGAGGCUGUUACAGGCUUGUAGUCUGUAUGCAUGAGCCACACACUGCUGCCUACUCACCGCGCGCGCGCGCACACACACACUCACACACACACACAUACACACAUAACCUGUGAAACAAUCUGAGCCCAACAUGUGUGGUUGGUAACCUUUGGCCUCUAAGAUGACUUUUAAUUUUUUUUUUUUUUUAAGUGUUUCCUACCAUUCUGUUUGGUACAGAGACGGUCCUCACAGGAACCUGUACAGUUACCCAUCCUUCAAGGAAAAAGUCAACACAAGUGGUCAAUAGAUAUUGUUAUAUUUAAUGAUAAAAAAUAAAUAAUAAUUUUAAUAUUUGGACAAAUCACUUCAGUUUGUUUUAACUGUUUCUAAAAGGCUUUUUUUUUCCAUCAAGCCACUCUUGAAAGCUGUUAUGAAAACGCCCUGAUGUCAGACAUUCUCUUCGUGGCUUGUGGUGCCAAGUCAAAUGAUAUUUUGUUGUCUCAUUCACUCAAAUCCUAGGAUGCCCUCUGCUUUCUCAUCAGAAACCAUUUAUAACAGAUGUGAUGCUCAUUGAAUAAUGUGGGUGGGGUCAAAGGUCAGAGACUCCCACUUUUGUAUCAAAGAUGUGUUUUUAUCUCACUUUCUCUGAUGAUUCUCCUUGGAAAACUGCUGCAAUAUAUGUAUAGGCACAAAACAGUGGUAGAGCCUGAUUCAACAACCAACAAAAUGACCAGAUGUACAGGCAGAUUUGUGGGUUGGUUUUCACUUUUUACAACAAUGACAAUCAACUAUAUACCAUAGGAUGGCCGUUUUAUCACAAUACCUUAUUUAUUUUCUACCAGAUUAUAUAUCUAGAUAGAUUUUAUAUGCCAAUGCCAAAUGCAUUCAGAUAGAUGAAAUAGGUACAAUAAAGUAGCUCCAGAUUUAUCUGGACACCACAGCUUAAUUGGGUUUCCAUGCAUGGAAACUUGAACACGUGAUGAUCACAUCUAAAAACUGGAGUUUGCCUGUCACAGACAACAUCACUAUAUAGUUGCAAAUUUCAGAGAGAAGAGGUGCUACAGAAAUCACCCUCAAACUGACUAGAUUCCUAGGAUUAGCAUUUCAUUUUCACUCAAAAUCUUCAUUUUUAAGUGCAAAAAGUUAAAUUAUUUACUCAAAUAUUUUAUACACAAAUAUUACAAAUAUUGCAAUCACAAUGUUGCAUAAUACAGAGUACAAAAAUCUCCUCUUGCCCCAUUUCAAACAAAUUACUUUUGUCAUGUUCUUAUUUUAUUGUUUUUUAGGUACAUUUCUGAAAGGUUGUUCAAGUUUUGACUUAACAUUGAGUUUGGAGUGACGAGAGAGAUUCUGACAGCCUGAAUAUUUAUUACCCCAUGAUAAUUUUGUUGCAGUCGUGGCAUGUUUCAGGUGCCACUAAAAGGACUUAGGAAGCUCAAAACCCUUGAAAGCCUCUUUUGGCACGUGUUUGGCAGCAUGGAUCCUGGACUAGAAUCAUUUCUAUGACACUGAAUACUGUGAAAGCUUUUGGCCAAGAGAUGUUUUACACUGUGUUCUCAACGGGAGAAGUCAAUACUGAGCAUUGAGUCCGCACUGAAAGGCACUAUGGGAACACCGCAUGACAACUGUAUGUAGAAAAUAUGGGGACCAUGUUGCCUCAGUAACCUAACCGCUGGUCAUGUAAAUUUAGAUAACGGUUACACAGGAAACGGUGAUAUGCAUGUGUUGUUAACUGGCAACCAUGCCAGCUCCAUGUCACAUAUACAAGUAUUAUGGAAACUGGGAUCCACAUUAGUUCCGUUACAUGAAUUGUAAACUAUGAGAACUGGGAACAAUUGCGGUGCUGGGGCAGAAACUGUGUUGGGUUAAAGUGGUGAAUGCACAGGAACACAGUCUGGACCAAGAGCAUCUCACUGGCUUAGUUUGUUUUCAUGAUUUUCAUUUUCUGUUUUGCAUUUAGUCUUGUUCACAUGUCAGAGCUAGUUCUUCAUUGUUUUAUUUUUCUAUUCUUCUCUUGUGUGUUUUGUUUCAUGUGUUGAAGAAGGUUAAGAGUUUAUUGAGUGUCAUUGGGAACCUACCUCUGAUAAAAUCCCAGGUCAUGUUACUGUAAGCAGUGAAUAACCAACGUUGGAUGUAUAUGUAUGUGGGCAAAGCGCAAUGGACGAAGAUACUUAAGUAAUUCCACUGAGUGGUUGGUGUGUACAGAGGCUCUGAUAAGUUUCUGCUUCGGACUCCAAAGUGUGUGGGGACUCCUGUCUGCUAUCUUUAUGAAUGAAUGAAUGAAUGAAUGGACAGAUGGGACUGGCUCUCCUCACCACUAAUAGCAAUUGCAAUCUGUUUUUUGUCCUUUGUCUCAUUUCUGUGCAAAAUGUAUUCCAGGGGUUUCCCUAGCUCACCUGUGUGUAAAUCAUCAGGAAUGCGUGAAAAUAGUUGGUUUUUCAUUUCAAACUGGUAUUAGGACAUCAGCUGUCAUGGACGCCAAAAGGGGGUCAAAGAAUGCUGUUGCACUUGUGUUUUAAGCCUUACCAUACCUAUAAGGCCUCACACAGAGGGAAGCCGCUUUGAAUGGAUUAUACACAGCCGAGCCGCCGGAAGCCUCCUACUCUAUAAAUGCAUCCACACGGUACCAGCACCUCAUGUUGUGUAUGGUCAUGUCAGUUUGUCUCAUUGCCACUGUUUGAGCCUGUGGUAUGUUCAACUAGCACAGUUUUUCUGCAUUUUUGUAGGUAAAAAGAUGUGUUGUUUGGGAUGUCAAAAUGAUGUUGUAAUAAAACUACAAAAACUAAAA